GAAAGCACAAAAGCAGCAACAAAGAGGUGCGUUCAAUGGCGCUGCAUGGCCAUGGGAGCUCUAGAAGGUCAGCUGGAGUUUGUCGAUGCCUUGAAGCCAGACAUCACCAGUUACCUUGCUACAGAAACAACCGGCAAUCUCACUACAUCUAGCGAGCUUGGACAUCUGAACCUAGCCAGUUGGCUAACGCCGAAGCGUUUGCUUUGCUAUUUCCGACCCUUUGAAGAGCACAAACCCCACGAGACUGUGGACGAAGCACGAUCCAUUUUUGGAGCGCCACCUUCACCAGGCACAGCUCCGUGGAGCCAAGCGCAAUGGUUUCUCAAAGGUUAAGCCGCUUGCGUACAGUUUCUGUAAGGGAAACAGCUUCAUGAUACUUCAUUGUCAUGUCUGACUUUUAG